AUGGGAGGUUUUAAUCGAUUUUUAUCAUCACACACACUUGAUCCUUUCAAAAAUCGUUGGAAAUUCUCAUAUUUAAGAAAGUUACUAUCUACAAAACCCAAAGACCAUCAUGCUGUGGUCAGUACAUUUGAUCUUUUCAGCAUUGGUAUUGGUCCAUCGUCAAGCCAUACUGUUGGUCCAAUGCGAGCGGCAAAAAUUUUUAUUACAGAUUUGAAAAAUCGCAGUGCUUUUGAUAAGGUAAACAGACUUCGAAUUGAUUUAUAUGGGUCACUGGCUUUAACCGGCAAAGGUCAUGGUACUCCUAAUGCAAUUUUAAUGGGAAUGGAAGGUGAAACUCCCGAAAGAAUUGAUACAUCUACAAUAAAAUCACGAAUAUCGAAAAUUAAUGAAACAGGGAUUCUUAUUCUGGGUGGAACAAAAGCGAUAAAGUUCGAUGUAAAAAACCAUCUUAUUUUCCAUUACCACGAAUCACUUCCUCAACAUCCAAAUGGCAUGAGGUUUAUUGCUUUCAAUAAACACGGCGAUCCUUUAACUACUGGUGAAUUCUUUUCAAUAGGUGGCGGUUUUGUGGUCGAAGAAAACACCAUCCAAAAACAUGGUGAUAACCUUUUUUAUAAAGCUUAUGAUAAGACUUCAGUUGACUUACAACGUGCAAAACAAGAUGAGGCUGUUACUGUUGCUGCAUUACCUUUUCGAAAUGCUGAAGAAUUAUUAAAUGUUUGUAAGAGAGAGUGCAUGACAAUUUCACAAGUUGUUUAUCAGAAUGAACUACAAUGGAGAACCCCACAAAAAAUUAAAAGUAAAAUAAUGGAUAUUUGGAAUACUAUGAAUAAAAGCAUUCAAAACGGAUGUAUGAGCACUGAAGAAUAUUUACCGGGUAGUCUAAAAGUACGAAGGAGAGCUCCAGGGUUGUACCAAAAACUAAUAAAUGAUGCACAGCUUUCAGAAUCAAUAAAUAAUUCAUUAAUUCCAAUCGAAAUGAAUUAUAAGAAAAUUAUUCCGCAAUGGCCUCGGAGAAAACCCAUGUUACCUGUUUUAGAUUAUCUUUCAUUAUACGCUAUUGCGGUUAAUGAGGAAAAUGCUGCAGGUGGACGGGUAGUUACCGCUCCAACUAAUGGCGCAGCUGGCGUAAUUCCCGCAGUGUUAAAAUAUUUUUUAGAGUUUAUAUCUGAGAAUCCUGCACUAGAUAUCAUGGAAUUUCUUUUUACUAGCGCCGCUAUAGGUAUGCUUUACAAACGAGGAGCAAGCAUUAGUGCUGCUGAAAUGGGUUGCCAAGGGGAAGUUGGUGUUGCAUGUAGCAUGAGCGCAGCUGGAUUUGCCGCAGUAAUGGGUGCAACACCGGAACAAGUAGAAAACGCAGCGGAAAUAGGAAUGGAGCAUAAUCUAGGCCUAACUUGUGAUCCGGUAGAUGGUCUUGUGCAAAUUCCCUGCAUAGAACGUAAUGCCCUUGGUGCUAUCAAAGCUAUAACCGCCGCUCAAUUGGCAUUGAACGGUGAUGGGUAUCAUAGAGUUACUUUAGAUCAAGUAAUUGAAACUAUGCGACAGACUGGAUUGGACAUGCAAAGUAAAUAUAAGGAAACUAGUCAAGGAGGGUUAGCUGUUAAUGUUCCUUUAUGUUAA